GUCCUCGAGGUCGGCUGCGGGGCCGGAAGCAUUACCAUCAGCGUACCCCAGGGUUCAGUCACCGGCGUUGAUCUUUCUGAAACUGUGCUCGGGCAGGCGCGCGAGCACCUUGCAUCACAGGAAGAGAAGGAGCUUGUUGGCGGCGAGGUGGAUUUUCGUGUUGGCAAUGUAGUUGAGGGCCUAGAAUUCAAGGACGGAGAGUUCCCUGUCGUGUUGUGUCACCAGACGCUCGUACACAUCCCCGAGCCCGUCAAGGCGAUGAGGGGAAUGCGAAGAGUGUGCAAGAAAGGAGGGAUCGUCGCGUGUCGAGAGGGUGCUUGGGCCGUUUCCGUUUUACGCUGA